UAUUACACCUUUUCUACAUUCAACCAUUGCCUGACUUAUUUGCACAUGAUCGUCAUAUCAGUGAAAAUUUCUACAAGCAAGCUGAUAUAUACUAUUAUGCGCUGCGUCGCCUUGCUGCUGUGGGCAAUGCAUGAUUCUAUAUUAGGCAUUAUAUACUGCACCAACUGCCAGAAGUUCUACUUAGCCGUGAAUGAAGCUGAGAUGGCUUGCAUGCUACUUUUGAAGAAAAACUGUACAAAAAGUCAAGAACAACUAUUCAAGAAUAUUGUACAUAUGUGUGGAGAAUUCAGUCAAAUGAGCGCAUGUGGCUUGUUCAAUGUAAAUGCGGCGUUACCAUUGUCUUUAAUGGGCUGCAUCGGGUAUUACUCCAUUGUUCUGCUGCAAUUUUAUGUGUACUAACAUUUAAAGCUGAAGAGUUUGUCUGUUUGCUUGACCGCGUUAACCUCCGCAACUACAGGGCUGGUAAUAAAAAAUAAU